AUGGAUUCCUCAUGGCGGGAAGGCUCCGAAAAGGUUGAAAAGAUCACAUGCGUUGGAGCGGGCUAUGUGGGUGGCCCCACAUGUGCUAUGAUUGCCCACAAAUGCCCUGAUAUACAGGUUACGGUAGUGGACAUGAACAUGGAGAAGAUUGAGCAGUGGAACUCGGACAAGUUGCCAAUUUUUGAGCCUGGCCUGGACGAGAUCGUGUUUGCAGCUCGCGGGAAAAAUUUGCAUUUUGUAACGGAUAUUCCUAAAGCUAUCCGUGAAGCAGAUCUUAUUUUUAUAUCUGUUAACACACCUACGAAAAACUAUGGAAGGGGAAAGGGAAUGGCUCCAGAUCUCAAAUACGUUGAAUCAGUGUCCCGUACCAUCGCACAGCAUGCAGUCGGACCAAAGAUCGUCGUCGAGAAAAGUACAGUACCUGUACGCGCUGCCGAGAGUAUAAACGCCAUACUCAGAGAAGCGCAGAAGAAUGAUCCCAACCUCAAAUUUCAGGUUUUGUCAAACCCUGAAUUUCUCGCUGAAGGCACAGCCAUCAGAGACUUGUCGAACCCGGAUCGCGUCCUUAUUGGUGGUGAAUCUUCUCCAGAAGGAGCAGCUGCCGUUGCACAACUUGUGCGAGUGUACGAACAUUGGGUCCCACGUGACAGAAUCAUCACAACGAACACAUGGAGCUCAGAGCUGUCAAAACUGGCAGCAAAUGCUUUCUUGGCUCAAAGAAUUUCAUCGAUCAACUCGAUCUCGGCCAUCUGUGAGGCCACUGGUGCUGAUGUACAAGAAGUCGCACAUGCUGUCGGUUUUGACCAAAGGAUUGGUAACAAGUUUCUGCAAGCUAGUGUCGGAUUUGGUGGAAGCUGCUUCCAGAAAGACGUUUUGUCACUGGUCUAUCUGUGUGAAUCCCUCAACUUGCGUAAAGUAGCCGACUACUGGAUGGGGGUGAUAGAGAUAAAUCAGUGGCAACGUCGACGCUUCUCCGACAAGAUCAUUGCCGAAUUGUUCAACACAGUGACCGACAAGAAAAUUGCAGUUUUCGGAUUUGCUUUUAAAAAGAAUACUGGAGAUACCAGAGACUCAUCAGCAAUUCAUAUCAUCAGCCAUCUACUCGAAGAACACGCUCGUAUUUCGGUCUACGAUCCUAAGGUGACAGAAACGCAAAUGCGCUGGGAACUAUCGCAAAGAUCACCAGAAGAGACAGUUACGAAGCUCGUUAUCGUCCACGAUAACCCUUACGAUGCGGCAGAAGGUGCACAUGCGAUAGUUGUAGUCACAGAAUGGGACGAGUUCAAGACGCUUGACUAUGAACGAAUCUACAAGACAAUGCAACAUCCAGCAUCAAUUUUCGACGGGCGGCUCAUUCUCGAUCAACGUAAGCUACGUUCCUAUGGAUUUCGAACCUUUGCCAUCGGCUCAGCUCCCGACCAAGCCUAUAAUCUCUUCGGUAGUUCUGGCUACUCGACUUAACUUCGAACCAUCUACUUAUUUUGACCAUCAUUCAUAUAGACCACCUUGCUUGCCUUGUUUGAACAUUUCCAAGUUUUACAUUACACUUUCGCUAUGUCACUUAUAAAAUGUGCACUGCUCAUAAUUCUUGCUGUCAUUUAUUUAUUGUUUCUGUCCUUUUCUUUAUGAAUGCACAAAUAUCUUUAUGCACAAAGAUAAACGAUUCUCGG